AUGUCAGCCUCAACUGCGAAAUUGGGAGCGUCUAGGGCGAGUGGGGGGGAUAGAAAUGGAUUCAUACGGUUGGGUGUAGAGGGCGUCGAGAUCUCGGGCUCAACCAAGACAUCCAUCGCAGCCAAACCGCUGCAGCACACCCUCAAUCAAAUGGGCACCCGUGGACUCCUAGGUUUUAUCAUAGGCGCACAGUGCCACGCCACCUACAACCACUACGACUCCUACCCCGAAGCUCUCGGCAAGCAGACCGUCGCGUUCCUGCUCAGCCUCAAAGGGCGGGAGGAUUACAAGAAGACGGCCGGGCUAUGGGUAGACGAACGUUCGACCCCGAGCCCCGAGCUCCAACGCAAAUACUCGAAACUCGGGUUCUCCAACCUCCAAGUCAGCAACGGAAGACUAGACGACUGGUACUGCCUCCUACACAAGGCAAGGCGCAGCAGCGCUGCCCGCAAUCCAGAGCGGCGAUUUGUCGACUUCCUCAAAGACAGCCUCUUCUGCGAGUGGGCAUAUUUCAUCGACUUUGAGAACCAGAUAUUCGAGACGUGGUCCUUUGGGAAGAAGCUUGACGAAGUGACGUUUCGGGUCCUCGUUGAGAAGGGCCAGGGGUACUGGAAUACGUUAGGAGAAAAAGGAGAGGUUGAAGACAGUGCUGCACGGUGA